CUUGCUAAGAAUCGAAUAACACCUGCUGGUUCCACAGUCAUUGCAAAUAACUUCUGUGUUAAGGUUGAAACAAUAGGAGAUGGUUAUUUAUGUGUUUCUGGGCUACCCACACGUAACGGUAAUGAACAUGGACGUGAGAUCGCAAGCAUGGCGUUGGGUUUUAUAAAAAGUUUGCGAACAUUUCGAGUUGCUCAAAUGCCCGAUGAACAGAUCAACAUUCGAGUUGGCAUACACACAGGACCAUGUGUGGCUGGUGUAGUUGGCUUAACAAUGCCACGUUAUUGUCUGUUUGGUGAUACGGUGAACACAGCUUCACGAAUGGAGAGCAACGGAAAACCUGGUCAAAUCCAUCUUUCGGGUGAUGCCAAUCAUUUUCUUACGGACGUCCUCGGUGGCUUCGUAACGGUUAGCCGAGGUGAAGUGAUCAUUAAGGGCAAAGGAGUUAUGGAAACGUUUUGGUUGCUCGGCCGUGAUGGCGAACAGUUGAUCGAACCACCAGAUUCAGGCAUAUACAAGAAAUUCACUCAAGACGAUUCUACCGCCGCAAUAAAAACAACCACUUAA